GGCGACCUCGAGGCUCUCUCGGCCGAUAAGUCAUCACGGGGCGUGCGUUACGUGACAUAACCUGCGCGCUCGAGAAUACGAGCCUCCGCCUCAACCGCUGCCGCGCCAUCCGGUUUUCCAGCGACAAUCGCCAUCAUCAUCGUCGUCGUCGUCGUCGUCGUCAUCGUCGUGGUUAUAUAGUAGUAGUAUAUUCGUUCGUUCGCUCGUUCGCUCGUUUGCUCGUUCGUUCGUUCGUUCGCUAGCCCGCUAGCUCGUUCACUUGCUUGAGCGCGUGCGCACGCGCUCGCGCGCGCCCAAGCACACUCUUACAAUCAGGUAGAAAAGCAGGCAAACGGGCCGCGAGAAUGCACCUGGUACGACGCCGUGAGCGUCGCUACACAACAGAGUGACCUGCCAACCUGCCAGUAGUACAGAGAACGGCCUGCUCUCGUGCGCUCGCUCACCUGCGCGUGUAAUAUAUAUAUAUAUAUAUAUAUAUACAUAAAUAUAUAUGUAUGUAUAUAAAGACAGAGAGAGAGAGAGAGCCUUCUACCUUUCCUUGACGAACUUUAAACUUAUUCGUAAAUAAACGCGAUCUAUUGUUUUUCUAUUUUCUCCAUUUCACAAAAUUUUAUUUCUUCCUCUUCCUCUCUCUUUCUCUCUCUUUCUCUCUCUCUCUCUCUCUCUCUCUCUAUCUCUUUAUCUAUUUCUCUUUUUCUAUCUGUCUUUUUUUUUUUUCUCGUUGUAUUCAUCUCUUCGGUAAUAUCACAUCGUCAUCCUCGCAAGUAUUUCGACGUAAGGUGCGAUAGAUCUCUCUCUCUCUCUCUCUCUGCAUUCCUCUACGUUCCGUGACUUCCCUCUUCCACCCACCCACCUGUCUCGCCUCCUUCCAUUGGAAUCAACGACGAUGAAAUAACACGGGUGUAGUGUUGUGACGUUUUUAUUUUCUUUCUUUUUUUUCUUUCUUUCUUUUUCUACUCUCUCUCUCUCUCUCUCUCCUUCGCUCUCUCUCUCUCUCUCUCUCUCUCUCUCUCUCUCUCUUUCUUUUCUUUUCGUUCUUAUCGUUUCCUUCUCCUUCUACUCCUUCCUCUCCCUCUCCCCCCUCCCUUCCAUCGCGAAAACGCGCUUCUCGACGACUUCUCCUCGUCCGAAGGUCGCCGGCGGAUGCUGUGAACGGCGCGAAAUGCCGAAUUCGUAGUUUCAUUCGGUCGCGCGUUUGACGACACGGAAGAAAAACGGAGAAAUGGAUAGGGAGCAUAGAGAUCAACGUGAUCACGAUAAUCCGAAUGAGAACGAGGGAGAGCGGAAAAGUGGAAUGGAUUUUCGUAGUAUCUCGCAUCAUCAUGGAGCGGCGGAUCAAGCAACGGAUGCCGACUCGGAGAGAGAUAUGGAGAGAGAUCAGAACAAUCACGUUGAUAACUUACACGAUGAUAAAAUAGAUCAUAAAAUGAGUAGAGAUUACCGCAAUAUGGGACAUCAUCCAGCCAUGCUUCAUUUACACUCCGGCAUUGAACACUUAAGUAAUGUCGACGUAGAGGUUAAGUUGGCAAGAGACGUAAGAGGUUCUUUAGGUUUAGGAUUAUCCUUAGAAUUAUGCGUUGUCUGCGGAGACAGAGCAAGCGGUAGGCAUUAUGGAGCUAUAAGUUGCGAAGGCUGCAAAGGUUUCUUUAAACGCAGUAUUCGUAAGCAAUUAGGUUACCAAUGUAGAGGAAGUAAAAGUUGCGAAGUUACCAAACAUCAUAGAAACCGUUGCCAAUAUUGUAGGCUUCAAAAGUGCUUGGCAAUGGGUAUGAGAAGUGACUCUUGGGGUGUUGUAGCCGUUCAGCACGAACGAAAACCAGUAUUAGGAGAAACUGCUGGAGCAAAAGUUGGGAGUCGUAGUCCCAGAGUCAAACCAGAACCACAACAGCCUGUUCCUGAAGCUCCUCAAACUUGGGAACAGCCUGAAAGUCCUAGUAUGGAAGACCAAAGCAGCGACAGCGAUUUAAGCGAUGCUUUGACGUUAGCCAGAGAACGUUUACUAAUAUCUCAUGCAUUGGAUAGUAUGGCUAAGCUUAUUGGUGAUAGUGUUAAUGGUUCCAGUGAACCAGACGAAGAAUGGACGGGUCAAUUAAUCUCGGAAAGGCAUACAUUGUUUGAACUGAGAGCACCUAGCCCUGCUCCUGCAUACUUAUCUAUACAUUACAUAUGCGAAAGUGCAGCGAGGUUAUUGUUUUUGUCUGUACACUGGGCAAGAGGGAUUCCUGCUUUUCAAGCCUUACCAUCAGAGAUUCAAACUACGCUUGUGCGUAGCUGCUGGGGACAAUUAUUUACGUUGGGUCUUGCACAAUGUGCAUAUACUUUGUCCCUUCCUAGUAUUCUGACAUCCAUAAUAAAUCAUCUACAAGCUAGUAUCGCACAAGAAAAAAUUACCGCUAGCAAAGUGAAAUCCGUUACAGAACAUAUAUGCAGAUUGCAAGACUGUGUAAGUUCAUUACACAAAUUGCAAGUAGAUUCCGUCGAGUAUGCCUAUCUUAAAGCCUUAACGCUCUUUAGUGCAGAUAAUGUACUGGCUGGUAUUUGGCGUAAAAAAGUUGAAGUUCUACAAGAAGCAGCGUGGACGGAAUUACAACAACGAGUAGGAUCUGAUAGAUUACCUCGUCUUUUAUUAAAACUUGCACCUCUUCGUUCGAUUAAUCCUAGAGUGUUAGAAGAUCUCUUUUUUGCAGGUCUUAUUGGUAGGGUAAGCGUAGCUAGUGUAGUGCCUUAUAUUCUGACUAUGCAAGAUUGUAAACCAGAACCUGAAAGUCACAUGGGGUGACAAUUACUCUUAGUGCAAUGUAAGUCGUGACCUGAAAAGGUGAUAUAUUUAUAAAUUAUCACAGGAUGCUUAUAUAGUAUAUUUUUAUAUAAGGAUUAAAAAAGAAGAUCUAUAGAGCAAAAUGUAUUUUUAUAUCGUGCAGAUAACAGUUAUUAAGUAUCUUCCGAUUGUAAAAAGAAAACAUUUAUUUGUGAUAUUCUCAAAUAUAUUGUAAUAAUAUGUUGUGCAAAACUAACUGAACUUUUGCAAUAAUUGUUUAGUAUCCGUAAAUUAAUUAUUUUGAAAUACUACUUAAAGUAAGAGUGCCUUGCAAUAAUCUGUUAUUUUAACAUCAAUCUUGUAUGCUAUAUGCUCUAUAGCAACUUCUUCUAAACUUGAGGUAUUGUAUGUUACAUAUUCAUAUUUUUUAAGGCAAUAUUAUUUCAUAACUUAUUAUUAGUAAGGGCAUUGCCUCUUACCAAAGUAGUAGUUAAUUUGUAUUUUAUGUUAUAAGAAUUACAAUUUUAUUUUAUUAUUAAAAAUUUUCAAAGCAAUUUCUCUCUUAUCACAUAAUUUAAUAAAGAAAUUUCAAGUAAACACAAAAAAAAAAUACUACAUAAUACAUGAUAUCGGAGAAGUUCAUAUUUAAAUUCAGACAUUUUCUUUUCUCAAAUAUUUUCUAGUUUGUCUGUGUCACAGAGGUCAUUACGAAUUUUUAAUCGAAAAAUUUCAAUAUUAUUAUUAAAAUUUUAAUAUUGGCAAAUGAGAACGUGUGCCACUCGAACUGUUAAAAAAAAAAAAAAAAAAAGAAAAGAAAAGAAAAUUUGUUGUAGAUAUUGUGAUUGAAUCAAACAAAUAACUAUGAAAGUGAUCUAAAUCAUAGAGGAUAUUAAAAGAUAUAUUUCAAAACAUAUAAGUUUUAAAUAAUUCAAAUUCGAGAGAUCAAUAUAUCUCAAAACAAAAAAUAUAUGACUUAGAUCACUUUCAUAAUCAUUGGCUCAUAUACGGUUCUCUUAUUCGUAUAAAAAUAAGUGACUGAUGACACUGCAUUUUUUGCAAUAUAAUUUUGUUUUUUUUUUUAAAUCUAUAACAAAAUAUUCGCUCAAUAUGUUUUCAUAACAUAAUGUAAGAACAAUUUUCUCUGAAGGUUCUUUGUUUUUUAAUUCUUUACAAUUAUCGCAAAGUUCACACGAACUAGGUACAUUGAACAAGUAGAUUAUUUUGUUUAUAAAACAGACAUACACACACACACACACACACACACACAGUGUUUUAUUAUUUUUAUAUAUACAUAUAUAUAUAUAUAUUAUAUGUAUAUAUAUAUAUAUGUGUAUAUGUAUAUAUAUAGUAUUCUUAUGAAUAGCAUAAAUACUUAAUGUAGGAUUAAGAGAAUUAGUGAAUCACAUAUGUAUUUACUUAAUUACGUGUAAAAAAUUUCAUAUUUUAUUAUUACAUAAUUGUCAAGCGAACAAUCAUAUAUCAAAAUAGGCAUAAUUAUAAAUAUUUUUAUAAACAUUAUUUACAUUUAUCUUUUUGGAAAAUUAUGGUCUAUUUCUUUUCUUUAAGAUGAAAAUAAUAUUUUAGAUUUAUAGAAUAUUUUUAGUAGACAGGGUGUUAAAUAUCAUAAUUGGAGAUAUAUUUUCAUCGAGAAAUAAAGUCAUAAAAUAUAUUUUGAAAGCUCUAUACGUAUCAAUACAAUUUGUAAUAUACGAUAGGCUUAUUAUUGUUAAAUUAUUCAUACCAUUAAUGAUGUCAAUAAUUACCUAUCUUGAUAAAAGAAUGUUACUAAAAUAAUUGGAUACAAAGUAUUAUAUGACUACACUUCAUAAUAUAGUAUUAAUAAUUAGAUAAAAUGAGUCAGUAUUGAAAAUUAAAAUAAUUAUCUGACAUAUUCUUAUAUAAUAUUAAAAUAUGUGAAAUUUAACAUAUACAAUUACUUUCAUGCAUUGUGAGAUGUUGAAACAAUAUAUCUUUAUUAUUAAUUAAUUGAUAGACAAUAAGAAGAUUAAUGGGGCAAAGCCAACAACAAUGUAUAUAUAAGAAUGUGCCUAUAUAUAUAUAUAUUUAUAUAUAUAUAUAUAUAUAUAUAUAUAUAUAUAUAUAUAUAUAUAUAUAAAUAUUUAUAUCGGUAAAAAUUUUGUAAUUAAUACACGUAAGUAAGUAAGUGAAUAAGUAAAUAAUUAACUAACUAAUGAAUUAACUAACUAACUAACUGACUAAAAAUAUAAUUUUAAGAUCAGAGAGACCUGAAAUAUUCGCGUUGCCUGUGCUCUCGUUUCUUUUGUUUUCUUUUCCUACGUUGAUAAAUUUUCUUUGUAAAUAUAUAUACAUAUAUUAAACUAUA